ACGUCACAUCCGCUCUCUUUCGGGCUUCGCACGGCUCCAGCAUGGCGGACACCGGUACAGUGGAGACGCUUCUACAUCGGAUUGAGAAAGCGGACGACGGGGUGGACAGCCUGGACGUAGCGAGCAGCCUCGGGUUGGACCACCAGGUCAUCGUUGGAGCCGUGAAGAGUCUGCAGGCGCUUGGCGACAUAAUCUCCGCGGAGCUGCGCUCCUCCAAGCACUGGGAACUGACGGAGGAGGGCCGUGAGAUAGCCGAGCAGGGCAGCCAUGAAGCCCGGGUCUUCAACUCCGUCCCUCUGGAGGGCUUGCCACAGAGUGAGCUCAUGAAACUGUCCUUUGGGAAGAUCGGCUUUAGCAAGGCCAUGUCCAACAAGUGGAUCCGAGUGGACAAGACCCACGAGGGAGGCCCCAGGAUAUUCAAAACUGUGGAGAGCAUCCAAGACCAGGUCAGAGAGAAGCUGCAUCUGGUGCAGAAAGGAGACUCCACCCAGCUGGAAGAGAAGGAGAAGAACGAGCUGAAGAAGAGAAAACUGCUCUCUGAAGUGACAGUAAAGUCUUACUGGAUCACAAAGGGAAGCUCCUUCAGCACCACUGUGACCAAGCAGGAGACAGAACUCACCCCUGAGAUGAUCACGACUGGCAGCUGGAAGGAGAAGAAGUUCAAACCCUACAACUUUGAAGCCAUGGGCGUGGCCCCAGACUGCGGUCACCUGCACCCGCUCAUGAAGGUGCGAUCCCAGUUCAGGCAGAUCUUCCUGGAGAUGGGUUUCACCGAGAUGCCGACCAACAACUUCAUAGAAAGCUCUUUCUGGAACUUUGACUCGCUUUUCCAGCCUCAGCAGCACCCGGCCAGAGACCAGCACGACACCUUCUUCCUGUCUGACCCGGCACUCGCCCACCAGUUCCCAGCAGACUACCUGGAGAGGGUGAAGAAGGUCCACUCAGAGGGAGGCUACGGCUCACAGGGAUACAAAUACGACUGGAAGAUGGAGGAGGCUCAGAAGAACAUCCUGCGCACGCACACGACAGCAGCCAGCGCUCGCAUGCUGUAUAAGCUGGCGCAGCAGGAGAAAUUCACCCCCGUCAAGUAUUUCUCCAUCGACCGAGUCUUCAGGAACGAGACUUUGGACGCCACCCACCUGGCAGAGUUCCACCAGAUCGAGGGCGUGGUGGCCGACUAUGGGCUGACGCUGGGAGACCUCAUGGGCGUCCUGCAUCAGUUCUUCACUAAGCUAGGAAUAACCAAACUACGCUUCAAGCCGGCCUAUAAUCCGUACACAGAGCCCAGCAUGGAGGUGUUCAGCUACCAUGAAGGACUCAAAAAGUGGGUGGAAGUGGGAAAUUCUGGGGUCUUCAGACCGGAGAUGCUGCUGCCCAUGGGCCUUCCUGAGGAUGUGUCGGUAAUCGCCUGGGGCCUGUCUCUGGAGAGGCCCACCAUGAUCAAAUACGGCAUCAACAACAUCAGAGAACUGGUGGGACACAAGGUGAACCUACAGAUGGUCUACGACAGCCCCAUAUGCCGACUGGACUCCUGAGUUUCACCCACCCUGUUAUUAUUAUUAAUCCAAAGGACUGGUUUUCACCGUACAGCAUUUCUCCAUCUGUAGAGGAAGCCCUCCUCCCUCUGCUCUUAGAUAAAGCUGUUGGUGUGAAAGCCACUGCUGCACAGACGCAGCAUUGUUCCGAACUCUGAAACCAUUUUUUACAAACCCAAGUUAUUAGAUUCAAUGACCUUGUACAGGAAAAAAACUUAGCAAUGUGACAGAUAGAAAAAUAAAAAUGUUUUUUCUAGCUGCGAA